AUGGUUGUCAAAGUCAAAUUCGUCUUCAUCGUGGCCUCUGCCAUUGCCGUCCAGGCACUAGUAACACCCAGUUCAACUUCUGAGGCAGAUGCAGCUCGACAUCUGCUCAAGCGAGAAUCCCCUUCCACCCUACAAGUCUUCAACGGAAAGAAGCCCGAUGGAGACCGUGUGGAGAAGGAUAAUCCGGUAGCUGGUGACGUGCUGACAGACGACCUCGACUGCGGCACCAUCUCAGUAACUAUCAACAAAGCAAACGACGCUCAAUGCAACUUCCAGUUGCCCAACAAUCUUGUGGCAGGAACUACGUACACCGGCUCGCCCGCAGCGGGCUUCUUUGGGCUCUCCGUCGCCGGCGGCUGUUCUGGCCGGUUGGUCGAGAUCGCAAGGAACUGCGACUCCUGCACAACCUUGGGUGAGAAUUUCAAUGGCCUGGACUGUGUGGGUAAGGCUGGCGGCAUAAAGAACGAUGUGAAUUUGUGCAUCUCGGGAACGACGAAUUUGGUAGCAUGUUAA